GGCGAGACGGAGAGACUUAUGCUUCAGGACAGGCACAUACACUGAAUAUUAUGUUCUGGUCUGUUUUUCUAUCACAAUGGAAUGGAAGUUAGCGAGAUAUUCCCGUUUUAGAGUAAAGCCACACGAAGUUACGCUGUGGGAAAAUAUAAUGAACAAGCUUUCUAAAGACUUCGUAAGGACCAAGAGGCACUAUCCACUGAAGACCCUAAGUACAAAGACGAACAGAAAACAUCGAACUCCAACCUUCUCAUAUCGCAGAUUUCGGAGCCGCAUCGCGCGAAGACUGAACGACGACGGUUUGCCCGUCGCUAGUAGCCCGGUGACCACGGGGUGGCAGCAUUCAUUCAUUUCAGAAUAUGACACCGUGUGUCAGAGACUGCGGCUCGACUCCCCACCACAUGACGCCUCCCGCUCCCCCUCACAUCUGGGUGACCUGGAAACGCCCUCAAAUCAAAACAGAGAGGGCCUGGCACACGGGGACUGCAGUGACCUCUCCUCUGGCCGAACGCAGCAGGAAACUCCGGCCAAUGACAGAAAGGAAGCCGCAGACCAGGGCUGCUAUUGGAAAGACUCUGGAGGUGCUGAAACAGCCUCCUGCUCCAGGCUGCAGCCCUUCACUGUCCUGGACAGAGCUCCCAGCAUGCACUGCAGCCAGCCAGAGCCACAGCUGAGGAUGAUUAUCCCUGGACUGCAGGAUAAUUACUACCUCAGCCUGAUGGACAGGGGUGGGCGGAGCCUUGUGGCACUGGCGCUGGGCUCCACCGUGGUGCUGUGGAGUGGUGAAACCCACAGACUGCAGGGCAGCAUCCACCUCCAUCCACACACCUCCACCUGCUCUGUCACAUCUGUCUCCUGGAGCCAAGAUGGCUGCACUCUCGCCAUCGGGACAGGAGAUGGAGAGAUUCAGCUCUGGGAUGUGGAGAGCAGAAGUAAAUUGAGAAGUGUACAUGGACACCUGUCACAGGUGGGAGCACUUACCUGGAACCAACAGCUGAUCAGCAGCGGCUCGCUCCUGGGUUCCAUCCGUCACCACGACGUGCGGGCGGGCCCGCCGGUGGGCGGGGCCCAGCUUCGGAAGGGCGUGUGCGGUUUGGAGUGGUCGCCGAGCGGUCACCGUCUGGCCAGCGGAAGCACUGACGGGCUCCUGUGCAUCUGGCCCAGGGACCCAGGGGUGACCCACAGGGCCCCGCCCAUCUCCAGCAUACCCCACCCAACCGCUGUCAAGGCUCUAGGAUGGUGUCCCUGGCAGUCGGAGGUUCUGGCCGUGGGAGGUGGCAGGACAGACGGAGUGCUGAGGGUCUGGGACACAAACAGAGACACGUGUCUGCAUUCAGUCCCCACAAACUCACAGAUCUGCUCUCUACGGUGGAGCUGCAGAAGGAAGGAGCUUUUCACAGCCCAUGGUCUUCCUCACAAUCACAUCAACUGUUGGACCUUCCCCUCCUUUACACAAAAGGCCCAGCUCCAGGGGCACACAGGCCGGGUUUUGGAUUUGGCGCUGAGCUCCGGUGAAGAAUGGAUCCUGUCUUGCGGAUCAGACCAGCGGGCGUGCCUCUGGGACAACCGGCCUCAGGACACCCCACUUCUCCCCGAUCACUUCCCUGACCAACCCUAACUCCCUACUGCCCCCCCACACACCCCAC